UCUUUAUAAAGGUAAUUGGUCAACAAAUACAAUUUAAUUGCAGUCAAAAACUAUUAUUCACGCCAUUGGAUGUUAAACUAUGUUGUAAAGUGCCAGUUAUUCGAUUUGAUAUAUACAGAGAUCAGUGUUAUAGUGUUACUUUGGCUGGUGGAAUAAGUAAGAAUGUCGAUGAUAAUUUUACAUUUAUAAAUCCAUGUGCUGUUGAAUGUGUAUUCAAACGUGCAGGAGCUCUUGAAAAUAAUCACCUCAAUAUGUCACUUAUGAACGAACUUAUUCGAAGUAACGUUCCAAAUAAUCCCGAAUUAGUUGAGACCAUUCAUUUGGGUUAUGAGAAAUGUGCCAAAGAAAUUCUGAGUAAACUAAAAGAAUUCGAAGCUAAUCGUGAAAACAUUGGUAAAAGUAAAAAUAAAGCUUAUCAAGGUCUUAAGACACCAUGCUCACCAUUUGCUGUACUAGUAUCGUAUUGUGCUUUGAGGCAUACAUUUUUAAAUUGUCCCAAAAAUUCUUGGAUAAAUACUGAGGUGUGUAAUAAUGCCCGAAAUUAUGUGAAUAAUUGUGAACCGGCUCAAUUUGGUGGGCCGAGGCAUCGGGAACGUAAGACUGGCAAAUCAAAAACAAAAAUAGCAACAACUGCUACUGUGAGGAAUAAAUAGGGGCUCAGUUUUGCACUUUAAAUUGUAUUCAACUUUAAAGGCAUUUAUUUAAUCUAUUUACUUGUUUUUCAAAAUAUUAUCAAUUAAAUAAUGGUGACUUUUAUU